AUGCCUGCCGCGGGAACUGCAGCCGCAGCAGCAGUAGCAGCGGCGGCAGCUGCAGCAGCAGGAGCCGCAGCGGCAGCAGCAGCCGGCACAUCCCCACUGUGUUCACAGGAGCCGUAUUUGCAAGACUCAGAUUUUCCCGGGCCUAGAGGCGCCAGUCUAUUGGAACCUGAGGAGUCAGAUUUCCGGGGCCCUAGAGGGACGAGUCUGAUGGAGGCGCAGGAGUCGGGUGAGAUGAUGGCCAGCUUGGAUGAGGCCAUGUUCGCACUAGAUGGUCUGAAGCUGCGGCAGCCAAUCAGGGUGCAGAGGCUAAUAAAGCAGAUCAUGGAUGCUCUUCUGCUUCUCCCAAUAACGGAUCAUCCUCUUGCGCUGGCCGCUGCCUCUAUUUUUUUCUUCGUCUCCUCUGAUGACGUGGAAAGCGACUUCCCAGACCCAUCCCAUGCGCUCAGCUUCCUUCUAGCCCUCUUGAAACACCACAGCGCCCCCGCCCCUCCACCUGCCGGCCCAGGCUCUCGUCCCGCACCUGCAUCUGCAUCUGCUGCCACUCGCGACCCAUCUCCUCCUGCCAGGGCAAGAUUCAGCUGGCGAGAAUGCCCUGUCAAGGGGGGGGAGAGGCGGGAGGCGGAAGCUGCAGCAGCAGCAGAGUGUAAGGUCAGGAAGCUGUUUCCAAGAGGGUUUGGGGGAGUGCUGUGGGAUGGGGAGGAGGAGGAAGGGGAGGGGGAGGGGCAGCGGGAGGAGGAAGGGGGAAGAGGCCGUGGUGGUGGUACUGGUGGUGCUGGUGCUGCUGGUGGUACCGGCGAUGGUGAUGGUGGUGGUGGUGGUGGGUCGUCGGAUGUGACUGUUGUGGCGCUGGUGUUGGCCACGCUGAAGCGGAUUUGCUCUUCUGUUAUCGCCCUCCAAGCACCAGACAGCACCCUGCCGCCCUUCUCCACCGGUGGGCCCGGGCGGCAUCAGCUCAUGCGAGUGGGGCUCAAGGACGAAAUGCGCCGCCUGGGAGGGCUGCAACUGGUGGCGGCCGUGGCUGCCAGGCACAUGCUGCAGCUGGCACGCUCUACACUCCAGCCAUGUGCAGGUGGCGUGGGAGAGGAAGCAGAGAGGGAAGCAGCAGCAGGAGAUGUCAAAAGGCGGAAGCUGGGGAACAAGGAGCAUGCACUCGGACUCAAGAAGAAGCACCACUUGCAGCAGCACCACAAGCGGAUGGGUGGCUCUGAAGCAGCAGUAGCAGCAUCAGCAGCCAACGAGGGACUGACAUUUGGCAGAAGAAUCUCCGCCAGUGCUGAUGUGGCGACGAGCUGUUUGGGCGUGUUGGAGCAUGUGACGUUCAUGAGCCGCGAUAACCAGGACUAUCUCAUCCACCUCUCCUUGCCCACCGACACUCUACCUGGAGCAAAGCGAAGAAAGUUGUCCGGCUGCCACACCGCCUCUCCCGCUGCCGUGCCCCUCGUGGCCACAGUGGCCUCGAGUGGGGUUCUAGGGGAAGGGAGGGGAGUCAGCAGCAGUGAGCGGCCAUUUCUUGCUCUCCUGUUGGAGUGCCUGGAACGCCUUGCAGGUGGUGGGGCCGUUCAUGGCUCAAGGGGCAAGGAGAGCGCUAGCUCUUCAGGAACAGAUUCCGAGGGGGAUGAGGGUAGAGCAGUGGGAGGGACAGUGGGGGCCAGGGGUGGGGGAAAGGUUAUUCUGGGCGAUGCUGUGCCUCUGGACUUGGGGCGAGAGGAGGGGAGUGAGGAGGGCGAAGAGGGGAGUGGGGAGGACGAGAAGGGAAGUGGGCGAAAUAGGAGGAAGAGAGUGUGUGGGGUGGCUGCAAAGGGGAAGUCUGGUGGGGGGAGGAGAGGGGUCCAGGCAGGUGGCAAGGAGAGGGCAUCCGCAGACCCGUUUUCCUUUGACCCAUGGGAGGAGGAGGGUACAGGGAGGGUUGCAGGGAAGAUUGCAGGGAGGGUUGCAGUUAGUGCUGCAGGGAGGGCAGGUGCAGGGAAGAGCAGCAGCGUUGAUAAGGGGCAGCAGGGAAAGGCGUCUUACACUUCGGGCGCAAGGCGUAGUGCUGUGAAGGAUGUUGUGCAAGAGCAAGAGCAGGGUGUAAUGCUGGGAGAGGCAGUGGAGGGGGAUUCUGAUGAGGAGGGAUGGCGAUAUUGCAAGAAUGGUGCUCAUCUCAUGGAGGUCAGGCAUGGUGCUGUGGUGCUGGGGAAAGAUGUGUCGGCAGCAGAAGAGGAGGACCAGGAGAAGGAGGGGGAAGGGGAGGAGGAUGGGGAAGAGGGAGGGUUGGGAAUCUGCAAGGAUCGCAGUGGUGCAGUCGGGGCUCGCUGUGGUGCUGUCGGUAGAGGAGGAGCAAUUGUAUUGGGCGAGGCGGUAGGGGAGGAGCAGGAGGGCUCUGAUGAGGGGGGGUGGGAGGAAUCUGGAUUGAGUGGCAGGGGAAGGCACGGGCGAGCGAGUGGUGCGAUUGGGGGCGGUUCAGGGGUGAGAGAGGGCGGUGAUGGACGGCUGGGGAGGAGUGUGGGAGUGUUGAAGGAUCCAUAUGAGUUUCUCAUGGACUCACAAGUGGAGGAGGAGCUAUUAGUGGGGGAGGUGCAGUUGUUGGGGGGGGAUUGGGGGGGGAUGGGGGGAGGGGAGGGGUGUGGGAAGGGGCGGGGUGGUGUGUGUGGGUCGGGGAUAAGGCUGGGGGAGGAGGUGGAGGGAUGGAGCAGUGGGAGUGAUGGUGAGGGUGGUGGAUUCUGUAGGCAUGCAUGCGUGGGGGGGAAUGCGAGGAAGGUGCAACAUAGGAGGGAACAAAAUGGGAGGUCGCAAAACGGGAGGGCUCACGGCAAGAAGAAAUGGGAGGAGAAGAGGCAAAGGAGGCAUGGGGAGGGCGAGAAGGAUCACCAGAACGGUUUGUCUACAAGGAAUGGUUCGAGAAAUGGUGCUUGCAACAGGAGACAGGGUGGUUGCAUUGGUGGUGGUGGCGAUAGUGAUGGUGAUAGUGAUAGUGAUAGUGAUGGUGAUGGUGAUGGUGGUGGAGAUGUGAAAGAGAGGCUGUCAGUGCGGUCAAGGGCAGGCCGGCGGUUUGUGCUGGCAGCAUGCAAGGUGCUCAUGAACGUCACCAACCACAGUGCAGAGGGGUGCAGAGCGGUGGCAGGGGCGCAUGGGAUCGCUGUGGUGGCGUCUCUGGCUGCAGCCUGCUGCUCUGACCUCUGCUGGCAGCAUGCCCUGGCAUCUGCUGGGGCCCCGACUUGUGAGGGACGGGAAAGGGAGGGUGCAGGGAGCGGGGAAGGUGGGCACUGGGAAGGAGAUGGUGACGUGCUGGUGGUGCUGCUGGGCCUGAUAGUCAACCUGGUGGAAGCUGAUGGUGACGCCAGAUCCCUACUGGCAGCAGCCACUUGCACGAGGCGAAAGCAGGGCCAGCUGCACUCCAAGCAGCACAGAGCCAGAGACUACAGCAAAUACAGCACCCAGCAGCACAAGGCCCAUGGAGACAGCAUGCAGCAGCACAGUGCCACCAGCAGUGGGAGCCGUGGCCAAGAGCAGGCAGGGAGGGCAGAGGAGAGCGUGUCGAUGGUGUCCCUCCUGUGCGCCAUCUUUGCAUCUCGCCAAAAAAGCUCCGAGCAGCAAAAGAAGCAGCAGCUGCAGCAGCAGCAGCAGCAGCAGCAGCAGCAGCAGCAGCAGCAGCAAAAGGAGAGGCAGGAUUUCGCUGCCAAAUGUCAGAUUUCGGAGCGCUCCAGCCACGAGGAAAGGAGCGCGGCGGUGGUGAGAGGGAGUGAGGGUGCAGAAGAGAUGGGAAUGGCGGAGCAGAGGCGACUGGCGGAGCGGGAGGUGGAGGAGCUGCAGAUGAGCGUGCUGGGGCAGGGCGAGAUGGUGCUGCAGGGGGAAACGAUGGGAGGUGUGGGGACUGGAAAGGAGGAGAUGGGGAAGGCCAUGGGGGAGGAGAUGGGGUCGGGCGAGAUGGUGAUGUCGAUGAUGGUGGAGGGGGCAGUGGAGGCGGAGCAGCUGAUCAUGGAGUCACAUGCUGCUCUGCUGCUCGGAUUGCUGGCGCAGCACAGCGAGUCUGUCUGUGACUCCAUCUGCCGCCAGCUGCCAGGCUCCUCCCUCCACCCGCUGGCUCCUGUUCUGCGGCAAUUCAUGAAACCCAUGGCACAGCCAUCUGCUCGCCCCUCCGACCCCCCCCACAGCACGCCACUCCCUCUCUCCCUCACAAUCACCUGCCCCUUACCAAACACCUCCCUCGCCUCCCCCCUCACCACCUCCACCCGAUGCCCCCUCUUCCUCAACUCCUCCGCCACGUCAUCCCUUCCCAGCCCCUCCUCAAUCGCCACGUGGCUCUCUCUCACUGGCCCAGGCCCGUGCCCAGGCGGGUCAAGGGAGGGGAGGCCGGAGAGGCAGAAGCGGGGGCGGUCGAGGGCGGAUUGGGGGUUGAGGGAGAGGAGGGCGAGGCUGGUUACCACUUCAGUCAACGCACCUCCCAGCAGUCAACGCACCUCCAGCCAGUCAACGCACCUCCCAGCAGUCAACGCACCUCCCCAGCAUGUUCAACGCACCUCCCAGCAGUCAACGCACUCCCCGCAGUCAACGCACCCUCCCAGCAGUCAACGCACCUCCCAGCAGUCAACGCACCCUCCCAGCAGUCAACGCCACCUCCCAGCAGUCAACGCACCUCCCAGCAGUCAACGCACCUCCCAGCAGUCAACGCACCUCCCAGCAGUCAACGCACCUCCAGCAGUCAACGCACCCUCCCAGCAGUCAACGCACCCUCCCAGCAGUCAACGCACCUCCCAGCAGUCAACGCACCCUCCCAGCAGUCAACGCCACCUCCCAGCAGUCAACGCACCUCCCAGCAGUCAACGCACCUCCAGCAGUCAACGCACCUCCCAGCAGUCAACGCACCUCCCAGCAGUCAACGCACCUCCCAGCAGUCAACGCACCUCCCAGCAGUCAACGCACCUCCCAGCAGUCAACGCACCUCCCAGCAGUCAACGCACCUCCCAGCAGUCAACGCACCUCCCAGCAGUCAACGCACCUCCCAGCAGUCAACGCACCUCCCAGCAGUCAACGCACCUCCCAGCAGUCAACGCACCUACCAGCAGUCAACGCACCUCCCAGCAGUCAACGCACCUCCAGCAGUCAACGCACCUCCCAGCAGUCAACGCACCUCCCAGCAGUCAACGCACCUCCCAGCAGUCAACGCACCUCCCAGCAGUCAACGCACCUCCCAGCAGUCAACGCACCUCCCAGCAGUCAACGCACCUCCCAGCAGUCAACGCACCUCCCAGCAGUCCAACGCACCUCCCAGCAGUCCAACGCACCUCCAGCAGUCAACGCACCUCCCAGCAGUCAACGCACCUCCAGCAGCCAACGCACUCCCAGCAGCCACGCACCUCCCAGCAGUCAACGCACCUCCCAGCAGCCAAGCACCUCCCAGCAGUCAACGCACCUCCCAGCAGUCAACGCACCCUCCCAGCAGUCAACGCACCUCCCAGCAGUCAACGCACCUCCCAGCAGUCAACGCACCUCCCAGCAGUCAACGCACCUCCCAGCAGUCAAACGCACCUCCCAGCAGUCAACGCACCUCCCAGCAGUCAACGCACCUCCCAGCAGUCAACGCACCUCCCAGCAGUCAACGCACCUCCCAGCAGUCAACGCACCUCCCAGCAGUCAACGCACCUCCCAGCAGUCAACGCACCUCCCAGCAGUCAACGCACCUCCCAGCAGUCAACGCACCUCCCAGCAGUCAACGCACCUCCCAGCAGUCAACGCACCUCCCAGCAGUCACGCACCUCCCAGCAGUCAACGCACCUCCCAGCAGUCAACGCACAUCCAGCAGUCAACGCACCUCCAGCAGUCAACGCACCUCCCAGCAGUCAACGCACCUCCCAGCAGUCAACGCACCUCCCAGCAGUCAACGCACCUCCCAGCAGUCAACGCACCUCCCAGCAGUCAACGCACCUCCCAGCAGUCAACGCACCUCCCAGCAGUCAACGCACCUCCAGCAGCAGCCAACGCACCUCCCAGCAGUCAACGCACCUCCCAGCAGUCAACGCACCUCCCAGCAGUCAACGCACCUCCCAGCAGUCAACGCACCUCCCAGCAGUCAACGCACCUCCCAGCAGUCAACGCACCUCCCAGCAGUCAACGCACCUCCCAGCAGUCAACGCACCUCCCAGCAGUCAACGCACCUCCCAGCAGUCAACGCACCUCCCAGCAGUCAACGCACCUCCCAGCAGUCAACGCACCUCCCAGCAGUCAACGCACCUCCCAGCAGUCAACGCACCUCCCAGCAGUCAACGCACCUCCCAGCAGUCAACGCACCUCCCAGCAGUCAACGCACCUCCAGCAGUCAACGCACCUCCCAGCAGUCAACGCACCUCCCCAGCAGUCAACGCACCUCCCAGCAGUCAACGCACCUCCCAGCAGUCAACGCACCUCCCAGCAGCCAACGCACCUCCCAGCAGCCAACGCACCUCCCAGCAGCACGCACCUCCCAGCAGUCAAACGCACCUCCCAGCAGUCAACGCACCUCCCAGCAGUCAACGCACCUCCCAGCAGUCAACGCACCUCCAGCAGCCAACGCACCUCCAGCAGCCAACGCACCUCCCAGCAGUCAACGCACCUCCCAGCAGUCAACGCACCUCCCAGCAGUCAACGCACCUCCCAGCAGUCAACGCACCUCCAGCAGCCAACGCACCUCCCAGCAGCCAACGCACCUCCCAGCAGCCAACGCACCUCCCAGCAGUCAACGCACCUCCCAGCAGUCAACGCACCUCCCAGCAGUCAACGCACCUCCCAGCAGUCAACGCACCUCCCAGCAGUCAACGCACCUCCCAGCAGUCAACGCACCUCCCAGCAGUCAACGCACCUCCCAGCAGUCAACGCACCUCCCAGCAGUCAACGCACCUCCCAGCAGUCAACGCACCUCCCAGCAGUCAACGCACCUCCCAGCAGUCAACGCACCUCCCAGCAGUCAACGCACCUCCAGCAGUCACCUCCCAGCAGUCAACGCACCUCCCAGCAGUCAACGCACCUCCCAGCAGUCAACGCACCUCCCAGCAGUCAACGCACCUCCCAGCAGUCAACGCACCUCCCAGCAGUCAACGCACCUCCCAGCAGUCAACGCACCUCCCAGCAGUCAACGCACCUCCCAGCAGUCAACGCACCUCCCAGCAGCCAACGCACCUCCCAGCAGCCAACGCACCUCCCAGCAGUCAACGCACCUCCCAGCAGUCAACGCACCUCCCAGCAGUCAACGCACCUCCCAGCAGUCAACGCACCUCCCAGCAGUCAACGCACCUCCCAGCAGCCAACGCACCUCCCAGCAGCAACGCACCUCCCAGCAGUCAACGCACCUCCCAGCAGCCAACGCACUCCAGCAGUCCCCAACGCACCUCCCAGCAGUCACGCACCUCCCAGCAGUCAACGCACCUCCCAGCAGUCAACGCACCUCCAGCAGUCAACGCACCUCCCAGCAGUCAACGCACCUCCCAGCAGUCAACGCACCUCCCAGCAGUCAACGCACCUCCCAGCAGUCAACGCACCUCCCAGCAGUCAACGCACCUCCCAGCAGUCAACGCACCUCCCAGCAGUCAACGCACCUCCCAGCAGUCAACGCACCUCCCAGCAGUCAACGCACCUCCCAGCAGUCAACGCACCUCCCAGCAGUCAACGCACCUCCCAGCAGUCAACGCACCUCCCAGCAGUCAACGCACCUCCCAGCAGCCAACGCACCUCCCAGCAGUCAACGCACCUCCCAGCAGUCAACGCACCUCCCAGCAGUCAACGCACCUCCCAGCAGUCAACGCACCUCCCAGCAGUCAACGCACCUCCCAGCAGUCAACGCACCUCCCAGCAGUCAACGCACCUCCCAGCAGUCCAACGCACCUCCCAGCAGUCAACGCACCUCCCAGCAGUCAACGCACCUCCCAGCAGUCAACGCACCUCCCAGCAGUCAACGCACCUCCAGCAGUCAACGCACCUCCCAGCAGUCAACGCACCUCCCAGCAGCCAACGCACCUCCCAGCAGCCAACGCACCUUCCAGCAGUCAACGCACCUCCCAGCAGUCAACGCACCUCCCAGCAGUCAACGCACCUCCCAGCAGUCAACGCACCUCCCAGCAGUCAACGCACCUCCCAGCAGUCAACGCACCUCCCAGCAGUCAACGCACCUCCCAGCAGUCAACGCACCUCCCAGCAGUCAACGCACCUCCAGCAGCCAACGCACCUCCCAGCAGUCAACGCACCUCCCAGCAGUCAACGCACCUCCCAGCAGUCAACGCACCUCCCAGCAGUCAACGCACCUCCCAGCAGUCAACGCACCUCCCAGCAGUCAACGCACCUCCCAGCAGUCAACGCACCUCCCAGCAGUCAACGCACCUCCCAGCAGUCAACGCACCUCCCAGCAGUCAACGCACCUCCCAGCAGUCAACGCACCUCCCAGCAGUCAACGCACCUCCCAGCAGUCAACGCACCUCCCAGCAGUCAACGCACCUCCCAGCAGUCAACGCACCUCCCAGCAGUCAACGCACCUCCCAGCAGUCAACGCACCUCCCAGCAGUCAACGCACCUCCAGCAGUCAACGCACCUCCAGCAGUCAAGCACUCCCAGCAGUCAACGCACCUCCCAGCAGUCAACGCACCUCCCAGCAGUCAACGCACCUCCCAGCAGUCAACGCACCUCCCAGCAGUCAACGCACCUCCCAGCAGUCAACGCACCUCCCAGCAGUCAACGCACCUCCCAGCAGUCAACGCACCUCCCAGCAGUCAACGCACCUCCCAGCAGUCAACGCACCUCCCAGCAGUCAACGCACCCUCCCAGCAGUCAAACGCACCUCCCAGCAGUCAACGCACCUCCCAGCAGUCAACGCACCUCCCAGCAGUCAACGCACCUCCCAGCAGUCAACGCACCUCCCAGCAGUCAACGCACCUCCCAGCAGUCAACGCACCUCCCAGCAGUCAACGCACCUCCCAGCAGUCAACGCACCUCCCAGCAGCCAACGCACCUCCCAGCAGUCAACGCACCUCCCAGCAGUCAACGCACCUCCCAGCAGUCAACGCACCUCCCAGCAGUCAACGCACCUCCCAGCAGUCAACGCACCUCCCAGCAGCCAACGCACCUCCCAGCAGCCAACGCACCUCCCAGCAGUCAACGCACCUCCCAGCAGUCAACGCACCUCCCAGCAGUCAACGCACCUCCCAGCAGUCAACGCACCUCCCAGCAGUCAACGCACCUCCCAGCAGUCAACGCACCUCCCAGCAGUCAACGCACCUCCCAGCAGUCAACGCACCUCCCAGCAGUCAACGCACCUCCCAGCAGUCAACGCACCUCCCAGCAGUCAACGCACCUCCCAGCAGUCAACGCACCUCCCAGCAGUCAACGCACCUCCCAGCAGUCAACGCACCUCCCAGCAGUCAACGCACCUCCCAGCAGUCAACGCACCUCCCAGCAGUCAACGCACCUCCCAGCAGUCAACGCACCUCCCAGCAGUCAACGCACCUCCCAGCAGUCAACGCACCUCCCAGCAGUCAACGCACCUCCCAGCAGUCAACGCACCUCCCAGCAGUCAACGCACCUCCCAGCAGUCAACGCACCUCCCAGCAGUCAACGCACCUCCCAGCAGUCAACGCACCUCCAGCAGUCAACGCACCUCCCAGCAGUCAACGCACCUCCCAGCAGUCAACGCACCUCCCAGCAGUCAACGCACCUCCCAGCAGUCAACGCACCUCCCAGCAGUCAACGCACCUCCCAGCAGUCAACGCACCUCCCAGCAGUCAACGCACCUCCCAGCAGUCAACGCACCUCCCAGCAGUCCAACGCACCUCCCAGCAGUCAACGCACCUCCCAGCAGCCAACGCACCUCCCAGCAGUCAACGCACCUCCCAGCAGUCAACGCACCUCCCAGCAGUCAACGCACCUCCCAGCAGUCAACGCACCUCCCAGCAGUCCAACGCACCUCCCAGCAGGCCAACGCACCUCCCAGCAGCCAACGCACCUCCCAGCGGCCAACGCACCUCCCACCUCCCAGCAGUCAACGCACCUCCCAGCAGUCAACGCACCUCCCAGCAGUCAACGCACCUCCCAGCAGCCAACGCACCUCCCAGCGGCCAACGCACCUCCCAGCAGUCAACGCACCUCCCAGCAGUCAACGCACCUCCCAGCAGUCAACGCACCUCCCAGCAGUCAACGCACCUCCCAGCAGUCAACGCACCUCCAGCAGUCAACGCACCUCCCAGCAGCCAACGCACCUCCCAGCAGUCAACGCACCUCCCAGCAGCCAACGCACCUCCCAGCAGUCAACGCACCUCCCAGCAGUCAACGCACCUCCCAGCAGCCAACGCACCUCCCAGCAGUCAACGCACCUCCCAGCAGUCAACGCACCUCCCAGCAGUCAACGCACCUCCCAGCAGCCAACGCACCUCCCAGCAGCCAACGCACCUCCCAGCAGUCAACGCACCUCCCAGCAGUCAACGCACCUCCCAGCAGUCAACGCACCUCCCAGCAGUCAACGCACCUCCCAGCAGUCAACGUACCUCCCAGCAGUCAACGUACCUCCCAGCAGUCAACGUACCUCCCAGCAGUCAACGUACCUCCCAGCAGUCAACGCACCUCCCAGCAGUCAACGCACCUCCCAGCAGUCAACGCACCUCCCAGCAGUCAACGCACCUCCCAGCAGUCAACGUACCUCCCAGCAGUCAACGCACCUCCCAGCAGUCAACGUACCUCCCAGCAGUCAACGUACCUCCCAGCAGUCAACGUACCUCCCAGCAGUCAACGUACCUCCCAGCAGUCAACGUACCUCCCAGCAGUCAACGUACCUCCCAGCAGUCAACGUACCUCCCAGCAGUCAACGCACCUCCCAGCAGUCAACGUACCUCCCAGCAGUCAACGUACCUCCCAGCAGUCAACGCACCUCCAGCAGUCAACGCACCUCCCAGCAGUCAACGCACCUCCCAGCAGCAACGCACCUCCCAGCAGUCAACGCACCUCCCAGCAGUCAACGCACCUCCCAGCAGUCAACGCACCUCCCAGCAGUCAACGCACCUCCCAGCAGCCAACGCACCUCCCAGCAGUCAAACGCACCUCCCAGCAGUCAACGCACCUCCCAGCAGUCAACGCACCUCCCCAGCAGUCAACGCACCUCCCAGCAGUCAACGCACCUCCCAGCAGUCAACGCACCUCCCAGCAGCCAACGUACCUCCCAGCAGCCAACGUACCUCCCAGCAGUCAACGUACCUCCCAGCAGUCAACGCACCUCCCAGCAGUCAACGCACCUCCCAGCAGUCAACGUACCUCCCAGCAGUCAACGUACCUCCCAGCAGUCAACGCACCUCCCAGCAGUCAACGCACCUCCCAGCAGUCAACGCACCUCCCAGCAGUCAACGCACCUCCCAGCAGUCAACGCACCUCCCAGCAGUCAACGCACCUCCCAGCAGCCAACGCACCUCCCAGCAGUCAACGCACCUCCCAGCAGUCAACGCACCUCCCAGCAGUCAACGCACCUCCCAGCAGUCAACGCACCUCCCAGCAGUCAACGUACCUCCCAGCAGUCAACGCACCUCCCAGCAGUCAACGUACCUCCCAGCAGUCAACGUACCUCCCAGCAGUCAACGCACCUCCCAGCAGUCAACGUACCUCCCAGCAGUCAACGUACCUCCAGCAGUCAACGUACCUCCCAGCAGUCAACGUACCUCCCAGCAGUCAACGUACCUCCCAGCAGUCAACGUACCUCCCAGCAGUCAACGUACCUCCCAGCAGUCAACGCACCUCCCAGCAGUCAACGUACCUCCCAGCAGUCAACGUACCUCCCAGCAGUCAACGCACCUCCCAGCAGUCAACGCACCUCCCAGCAGUCAACGCACCUCCCAGCAGCCAACGCACCUCCCAGCAGUCAACGCACCUCCCAGCAGUCAACGCACCUCCCAGCAGUCAACGCACCUCCCAGCAGUCAACGCACCUCCCAGCAGCCAACGCACCUCCCAGCAGUCAACGCACCUCCCAGCAGUCAACGCACCUCCCAGCAGUCAACGCACCUCCCAGCAGUCAACGCACCUCCCAGCAGUCAACGCACCUCCAGCAGUCAACGCACCUCCCAGCAGCCAACGUACCUCCCAGCAGCCAACGUACCUCCCAGCAGUCAACGUACCUCCAGCAGUCAACGCACCUCCCAGCAGUCAACGCACCUCCCAGCAGUCAACGUACCUCCCAGCAGUCAACGUACCUCCCAGCAGUCAACGCACCUCCCAGCAGUCAACGCACCUCCCAGCAGUCAACGCACCUCCCAGCAGUCAACGCACCUCCCAGCAGUCAACGCACCUCCCAGCAGUCAACGCACCUCCCAGCAGCCAACGCACCUCCCAGCAGUCAACGCACCUCCCAGCAGUCAACGCACCUCCCAGCAGUCAACGCACCUCCCAGCAGUCAACGCACCUCCCAGCAGUCAACGUACCUCCCAGCAGUCAACGCACCUCCCAGCAGUCAACGUACCUCCCAGCAGUCAACGCACCUCCCAGCAGCCAACGCACCUCCCAGCAGUCAACGCACCUCCCAGCAGUCAACGCACCUCCAGCAGUCAACGCACCUCCCAGCAGUCAACGCACCUCCCAGCAGUCAACGUACCUCCCAGCAGUCAACGCACCUCCCAGCAGUCAACGUACCUCCCAGCAGUCAACGUACCUCCCAGCAGUCAACGUACCUCCCAGCAGUCAAUGUACCUCCCAGCAGUCAACGUACCUCCCAGCAGUCAACGUACCUCCCAGCAGUCAACGUACCUCCCAGCAGUCAACGCACCUCCCAGCAGUCAACGUACCUCCCAGCAGUCAACGUACCUCCCAGCAGUCAACGCACCUCCCAGCAGUCAACGCACCUCCCAGCAGUCAACGCACCUCCCAGCAGCCAACGCACCUCCCAGCAGUCAACGCACCUCCCAGCAGUCAACGCACCUCCCAGCAGUCAACGCACCUCCCAGCAGUCAACGCACCUCCCAGCAGCCAACGCACCUCCCAGCAGUCAGCACCUCCCAGCAGUCAACGCACCUCCCAGCAGUCAACGCACCUCCCAGCAGUCAACGCACCUCCCAGCAGUCAACGCACCUCCCAGCAGUCAACGCACCUCCCAGCAGUCAACGCACCUCCCAGCAGCCAACGCACCUCCCAGCAGUCAACGCACCUCCCAGCAGUCAACGCACCUCCAGCAGUCAACGCACCUCCCAGCAGUCAACGCACUCCCAGCAGUCAACGCACCUCCCAGCAGUCAACGUACCUCCCAGCAGUCAACGUACCUCCCAGCAGUCAACGUACCUCCCAGCAGUCAACGUACCUCCCAGCAGUCAACGUACCUCCCAGCAGUCAACGUACCUCCCAGCAAGUCAACGUACCUCCCAGCAGUCAACGCACCUCCCAGCAGUCAACGUACCUCCCAGCAGUCAACGUACCUCCCAGCAGUCAACGCACCUCCCAGCAGUCAACGCACCUCCCAGCAGUCAACGCACCUCCCAGCAGCCAACGCACCUCCCAGCAGUCAACGCACCUCCCAGCAGUCAACGCACCUCCCAGCAGUCAACGCACCUCCCAGCAGUCAACGCACCUCCCAGCAGCCAACGCACCUCCCAGCAGUCAACGCACCUCCCAGCAGUCAACGCACCUCCCAGCAGCCAACGCACCUCCCAGCAGUCAACGCACCUCCCAGCAGUCAACGCACCUCCCAGCAGUCAACGCACCUCCCAGCAGCCAACGCACCUCCCAGCAGUCAACGCACCUCCCAGCAGCCAACGCACCUCCCAGCAGUCAACGCACCUCCCAGCAGUCAACGCACCUCCCAGCAGCCAACGCACCUCCCAGCAGUCCACGCACCUCCCAGCAGCCAACGCACCUCCCAGCAGUCAACGCACCUCCCAGCAGUCAACGCACCUCCCAGCAGUCAACGCACCUCCCAGCAGUCAACGCACCUCCCAGCAGUCAACGCACCUCCCAGCAGUCAACGCACCUCCCAGCAGUCAACGCACCUCCCAGCAGUCAACGCACCUCCCAGCAGCCAACGCACCUCCCAGCAGCCAACGCACCUCCCAGCAGCCAACGCACCUCCCAGCAGUCAACGUACCUCCCAGCAGUCAACGUACCUCCCAGCAGUCAACGCACCUCCCAGCAGUCAACGUACCUCCCAGCAGUCAACGUACCUCCCAGCAGUCAACGUACCUCCCAGCAGUCAACGUACCUCCCAGCAGUCAACGCACCUCCCAGCAGUCAACGCACCUCCCAGCAGUCAACGCACCUCCCAGCAGUCAACGCACCUCCCAGCAGUCAACGUACCUCCCAGCAGUCAACGCACCUCCCAGCAGUCAACGUACCUCCCAGCAGUCAACGUACCUCCCAGCAGUCAACGUACCUCCCAGCAGUCAACGUACCUCCCAGCAGUCAACGUACCUCCCAGCAGUCAACGUACCUCCCAGCAGUCAACGUACCUCCCAGCAGUCAACGUACCUCCCAGCAGUCAACGCACCUCCCAGCAGUCAACGUACCUCCCAGCAGUCAACGUACCUCCCAGCAGUCAACGCACCUCCCAGCAGUCAACGCACCUCCCAGCAGUCAACGCACCUCCCAGCAGCCAACGCACCUCCCAGCAGUCAACGCACCUCCCAGCAGUCAACGCACCUCCCAGCAGUCAACGCACCUCCCAGCAGUCAACGCACCUCCCAGCAGCCAACGCACCUCCCAGCAGUCAACGCACCUCCCAGCAGUCAACGCACCUCCCAGCAGUCAACGCACCUCCCAGCAGUCAACGCACCUCCCAGCAGUCAACGCACCUCCCAGCAGUCAACGCACCUCCCAGCAGUCAACGCACCUCCCAGCAGCCAACGUACCUCCCAGCAGUCAACGUACCUCCCAGCAGUCAACGUACCUCCCAGCAGUCAACGUACCUCCCAGCAGUCAACGCACCUCCCAGCAGUCAACGUACCUCCCAGCAGUCAACGUACCUCCCAGCAGUCAACAGGUAUCCCAGCAGUCAACGCACCUCCCAGCAGUCAACGCACCUCCCAGCAGUCAACGCACCUCCCAGCAGUCAACGCACCUCCCAGCAGUCAACGCACCUCCCAGCAGUCAACGCACCUCCCAGCAGUCAACGCACCUCCCAGCAGUCAACGCACCUCCCAGCAGUCAACGCACCUCCCAGCAGUCAACGCACCUCCCAGCAGUCAACGCACCUCCCAGCAGUCAACGCACCUCCCAGCAGUCAACGCACCUCCCAGCAGUCAACGCACCUCCCAGCAGUCCAACGUACCUCCCAGCAGUCAACGUACCUCCCAGCAGUCAACGUACCUCCCAGCAGUCAACGUACCUCCCAGCAGUCAACGCACCUCCCAGCAGUCAACGUACCUCCCAGCAGUCAACGUACCUCCCAGCAGUCAACGUACCUCCCAGCAGUCAACGCACCUCCCAGCAGUCAACGCACCUCCCAGCAGUCAACGCACCUCCCAGCAGUCAACGCACCUCCCAGCAGUCAACGCACCUCCCAGCAGUCAACGCACCUCCCAGCAGUCAACGCACCUCCCAGCAGUCAACGCACCUCCCAGCAGUCAACGCACCUCCAGCAGUCAACGCACCUCCCAGCAGUCAACGCACCUCCAGCAGUCAACGCACCUCCCAGCAGUCAACGCACCUCCCAGCAGUCAACGCACCUCCCAGCAGUCAACGCACCUCCCAGCAGUCAACGUACCUCCCAGCAGUCAACGUACCUCCCAGCAGUCAACGUACCUCCCAGCAGUCAACGUACCUCCCAGCAGUCAACGUACCUCCCAGCAGUCAACGUACCUCCCAGCAGUCAACGUACCUCCCAGCAGUCAACGUACCUCCCAGCAGUCAACGUACCUCCCAGCAGUCAACGUACCUCCCAGCAGUCAACGUACCUCCCAGCAGUCAACGUACCUCCCAGCAGUCAACGUACCUCCCAGCAGUCAACGUACCUCCCAGCAGUCAACGUACCUCCCAGCAGUCAACGUACCUCCCAGCAGUCAACGUACCUCCCAGCAGUCAACGUACCUCCCAGCAGUCAACGUACCUCCCAGCAGUCAACGUACCUCCCAGCAGUCAACGUACCUCCCAGCAGUCAACGUACCUCCCAGCAGUCAACGCACCUCCCAGCAGUCAACGCACCUCCCAGCAGUCAACGCACCUCCCAGCAGUCAACGCACCUCCCAGCAGCCAACGUACCUCCCAGCAGUCAACGUACCUCCCAGCAGUCAACGUACCUCCAGCAGUCAACGUACCUCCCAGCAGUCAACGCACCUCCCAGCAGUCAACGUACCUCCCAGCAGUCAACCAGUCAACGUACCUCCCAGCAGUCAACGCACCUCCCAGCAGUCAACGCACCUCCCAGCAGUCAACGCACCUCCCAGCAGUCAACGCACCUCCCAGCAGUCAAACGCACCUCCCAGCAGUCAACGCACCUCCCAGCAGUCAACGCACCUCCCAGCAGUCAACGUACCUCCCAGCAGUCAACGUACCUCCCAGCAGUCAACGUACCUCCCAGCAGUCAACGUACCUCCCAGCAGUCAACGUACCUCCCAGCAGUCAACGCACCUCCCAGCAGUCAACGCACCUCCCAGCAGUCAACGCACCUCCCAGCAGUCAACGCACCUCCCAGCAGUCAACGCACCUCCCAGCAGUCAACGCACCUCCCAGCAGUCAACGCACCUCCCAGCAGUCAACGCACCUCCCAGCAGUCAACGCACCUCCCAGCAGUCAACGCACCUCCCAGCAGUCAACGCACCUCCCAGCAGUCAACGCACCUCCCAGCAGUCAACGCACCUCCCAGCAGUCAACGCACCUCCCAGCAGUCAACGCACCUCCCCAGCAGUCAACGUACCUCCCAGCAGUCAACGUACCUCCCAGCAGUCAACGUACCUCCCAGCAGUCAACGUACCUCCCAGCAGUCAACGUACCUCCCAGCAGUCAACGCACCUCCCAGCAGUCAACGUACCUCCCAGCAGUCAACGUACCUCCCAGCAGUCAACGCACCUCCCAGCAGUCAACGCACCUCCCAGCAGUCAACGCACCUCCCAGCAGCCAACGCACCUCCCAGCAGUCAACGCACCUCCCAGCAGUCAACGCACCUCCCAGCAGUCAACGCACCUCCCAGCAGUCAACGCACCUCCCAGCAGCCAACGCACCUCCCAGCAGUCAACGCACCUCCCAGCAGUCAACGCACCUCCCAGCAGCCAACGCACCUCCCAGCAGUCAACGCACCUCCCAGCAGUCAACGCACCUCCCAGCAGUCAACGCACCUCCCAGCAGCCAACGCACCUCCCAGCAGUCAACGCACCUCCCAGCAGCCAACGCACCUCCCAGCAGUCAACGCACCUCCCAGCAGUCAACGCACCUCCCAGCAGCCAACGCACCUCCCAGCAGUCCACGCACCUCCCAGCAGCCAACGCACCUCCCAGCAGUCAACGCACCUCCCAGCAGUCAACGCACCUCCCAGCAGUCAACGCACCUCCCAGCAGUCAACGCACCUCCCAGCAGUCAACGCACCUCCCAGCAGUCAACGCACCUCCCAGCAGUCAACGCACCUCCCAGCAGUCAACGCACCUCCCAGCAGCCAACGCACCUCCCAGCAGCCAACGCACCUCCCAGCAGCCAACGCACCUCCCAGCAGUCAACGUACCUCCCAGCAGUCAACGUACCUCCCAGCAGUCAACGCACCUCCCAGCAGUCAACGUACCUCCCAGCAGUCAACGUACCUCCCAGCAGUCAACGUACCUCCCAGCAGUCAACGUACCUCCAGCAGUCAACGCACCUCCCAGCAGUCAACGCACCUCCCAGCAGUCAACGCACCUCCCAGCAGUCAACGCACCUCCCAGCAGUCAACGUACCUCCCAGCAGUCAACGCACCUCCCAGCAGUCAACGUACCUCCCAGCAGUCAACGUACCUCCCAGCAGUCAACGUACCUCCCAGCAGUCAACGUACCUCCCAGCAGUCAACGUACCUCCCAGCAGUCAACGUACCUCCCAGCAGUCAACGUACCUCCCAGCAGUCAACGUACCUCCCAGCAGUCAACGCACCUCCCAGCAGUCAACGUACCUCCCAGCAGUCAACGUACCUCCCAGCAGUCAACGCACCUCCCAGCAGUCAACGCACCUCCCAGCAGUCAACGCACCUCCCAGCAGCCAACGCACCUCCCAGCAGUCAACGCACCUCCCAGCAGUCAACGCACCUCCCAGCAGUCAACGCACCUCCCAGCAGUCAACGCACCUCCCAGCAGCCAACGCACCUCCAGCAGUCAACGCACCUCCCAGCAGUCAACGCACCUCCCAGCAGUCAACGCACCUCCCAGCAGUCAACGCACCUCCCAGCAGUCAACGCACCUCCCAGCAGUCAACGCACCUCCCAGCAGUCAACGCACCUCCCAGCAGCCAACGUACCUCCCAGCAGUCAACGUACCUCCCAGCAGUCAACGUACCUCCCAGCAGUCAACGUACCUCCCAGCAGUCAACGCACCUCCCAGCAGUCAACGUACCUCCCAGCAGUCAACGUACCUCCCAGCAGUCAACGUACCUCCCAGCAGUCAACGCACCUCCCAGCAGUCAACGCACCUCCAGCAGUCAACGCACCUCCCAGCAGUCAACGCACCUCCCAGCAGUCAACGCACCUCCCAGCAGUCAACGCACCUCCCAGCAGCCAACGCACCUCCCAGCAGUCAACGCACCUCCCAGCAGUCAACGCACCUCCCAGCAGUCAACGCACCUCCCAGCAGUCAACGCACCUCCCAGCAGUCAACGCACCUCCCAGCAGUCAACGCACCUCCCAGCAGUCAACGCACCUCCCAGCAGCCCCAACGUACCUCCCAGCAGUCAACGUACCUCCCAGCAGUCAACGUACCUCCCAGCAGUCAACGCACCUCCCAGCAGUCAACGUACCUCCAGCAGUCAACGUACCUCCCAGCAGUCAACGUACCUCCCAGCAGUCAACGCACCUCCCAGCAGUCAACGCACCUCCCAGCAGUCAACGCACCUCCCAGCAGUCAACGCACCUCCCAGCAGUCAACGCACCUCCCAGCAGUCAACGCACCUCCCAGCAGUCAACGCACCUCCCAGCAGUCAACGCACCUCCCAGCAGUCAACGCACCUCCCAGCAGUCAACGCACCUCCCAGCAGUCAACGCACCUCCAGCAGUCAACGCACCUCCCAGCAGUCAACGCACCUCCAGCAGUCAACGCACCUCCCAGCAGUCAACGCACCUCCAGCAGUCAACGUACCUCCAGCAGUCAAACGUACCUCCCAGCAGUCAACGUACCUCCCAGCAGUCAACGUACCUCCCAGCAGUCAACGUACCUCCCAGCAGUCAACGUACCUCCCAGCAGUCAACGUACCUCCCAGCAGUCAACGUACCUCCCAGCAGUCAACGUACCUCCCAGCAGUCAACGUACCUCCCAGCAGUCAACGUACCUCCCAGCAGUCAACGUACCUCCCAGCAGUCAACGUACCUCCCAGCAGUCAACGUACCUCCCAGCAGUCAACGUACCUCCCAGCAGUCAACGUACCUCCCAGCAGUCAACGUACCUCCCAGCAGUCAACGUACCUCCCAGCAGUCAACGUACCUCCCAGCAGUCAACGUACCUCCCAGCAGUCAACGUACCUCCCAGCAGUCAACGUACCUCCCAGCAGUCAACGUACCUCCCAGCAGUCAACGCACCUCCCAGCAGUCAACGCACCUCCCAGCAGUCAACGCACCUCCCAGCAGUCCAACGUACCUCCCAGCAGUCAACGUACCUCCCAGCAGUCAACGUACCUCCCAGCAGUCAACGUACCUCCCAGCAGUCAACGCACCUCCCAGCAGUCAACGUACCUCCCAGCAGUCAACGUACCUCCCAGCAGUCAACGUACCUCCCAGCAGUCAACGCACCUCCCAGCAGUCAACGCACCUCCCAGCAGUCAACUAACCUCCCAGCAGUCAACGCACCUCCCAGCAGUCAACGCACCUCCCAGCAGUCAACGCACCUCCCAGCAGCCAACGCACCUCCCAGCAGUCAACGCACCUCCCAGCAGUCAACGCACCUCCCAGCAGUCAACGCACCUCCAGCAGUCAACGCACCUCCCAGCAGUCAACGCACCUCCCAGCAGUCAACGCACCUCCCAGCAGUCAACGCACCUCCCAGCAGCCAACGCACCUCCCAGCAGCCAACGUACCUCCCAGCAGUCAACGUACCUCCCAGCAGUCAACGUACCUCCCAGCAGUCAACGCACCUCCCAGCAGUCAACGCACCUCCCAGCAGUCAACGUACCUCCCAGCAGUCAACGUACCUCCCAGCAGUCAAACGUCAACGCACCUCCCAGCAGUCAACGCACCUCCCAGCAGUCAACGCACCUCCCAGCAGUCAACGCACCUCCCAGCAGUCAACGCACCUCCCAGCAGUCAACGUACCUCCCAGCAGUCAACGUACCUCCCAGCAGUCAACGUACCUCCCAGCAGUCAACGUACCUCCCAGCAGUCAACGUACCUCCCAGCAGUCAACGUACCUCCCAGCAGUCAACGCACCUCCCAGCAGUCAACGUACCUCCCAGCAGUCAACGUACCUCCCAGCAGUCAACGCACCUCCCAGCAGUCAACGCACCUCCCAGCAGUCAACGCACCUCCCAGCAGUCAACGCACCUCCCAGCAGUCAACGCACCUCCCAGCAGUCAACGUACCUCCCAGCAGUCAACGCACCUCCCAGCAGUCAACGCACCUCCCAGCAGUCAACGUACCUCCCAGCAGUCAACGCACCUCCCAGCAGCCAACGCACCUCCCAGCAGUCAACGCACCUCCCAGCAGUCAACGCACCUCCCAGCAGUCAACGCACCUCCCAGCAGUCAACGCACCUCCCAGCAGUCAACGCUACCUCCCAGCAGUCAACGUACCUCCCAGCAGUCAACGUACCUCCCAGCAGUCAACGUACCUCCCAGCAGUCAAACGUACCUCCCAGCAGUCAACGUACCUCCCAGCAGUCAACGUACCUCCCAGCAGUCAACGUACCUCCCAGCAGUCAACGUACCUCCCAGCAGUCAACGUACCUCCCAGCAGUCAACGUACCUCCCAGCAGUCAACGUACCUCCCAGCAGUCAACGUACCUCCCAGCAGUCAACGUACCUCCCAGCAGUCAACGUACCUCCCAGCAGUCAACGUACCUCCCAGCAGUCAACGUACCUCCCAGCAGUCAACGUACCUCCCAGCAGUCAACGUACCUCCCAGCAGUCAACGUACCUCCCAGCAGUCAACGUACCUCCCAGCAGUCAACGUACCUCCCAGCAGUCAACGUACCUCCCAGCAGUCAACGUACCUCCCAGCAGUCAACGUACCUCCCAGCAGUCAACGUACCUCCCAGCAGUCAACGUACCUCCCAGCAGUCAACGCACCUCCCAGCAGUCAACGCACCUCCCAGCAGUCAACGCACCUCCCAGCAGUCAACGCACCUCCCAGCAGUCCAACGCACCUCCAGCAGUCAACGCACCUCCCAGCAGUCAACGCACCUCCCAGCAGUCAACGCACCUCCCAGCAGUCAACGCACCUCCCAGCAGUCAACGCACCUCCCAGCAGUCAACGCACCUCCCAGCAGUCAACGCACCUCCCAGCAGUCCAACGUACCUCCCAGCAGUCAAC